AUGCCUUCAGUUGACUUCACUUUUGCAAAUCAUAAAGUUGAUCCAGAGGUUCUGACACAAUACUACCAACGGCUCUUUCCAGCCAGAUAUCUCUUUCAGUGGCUUAACCAUUCACCUGUACCGUCAAGUGACUUUACAAAUCGUGAGUUUGCAUUCACGCUCUUUAAAGAUGAGAAAUACAUUCGAUAUCUAUCUUAUCCAAAUGCCGAUGCUUUUAAGAAAGACCUCUUGAAAAUGACACCCAGUCGUUUUGAAAUUGGUCCCGAAUAUAACUCGAAUCCAAGGGAUCGGAGACUGGUGAAUAAAAACAACUUCAAGACGCUAUCAAAGGAAUUGGUAUUUGAUAUCGAUUUGACAGAUUAUGAUGGUAUUCGUACAUGUUGUAGCGACAAGAAUAUUUGCGAGCUCUGUUGGAACUUUAUUACUUUUUCCAUUCAUGUUCUGGAUGAGACCUUAAGAGAAGAUUUCGGGUUUGAACAUAUCCUAUGGGUCUAUUCUGGCCGUAGAGGUGCACACGCAUGGGUCUGUGAUAAACGGGCUCGUGAACUGGACGACAAAGCUAGGAAAGCUAUGAUUGGAUAUUUGAAUAUAGCGAAAGGAACGCGUGGCAAAGUUAUUGAUGCUAAACGUCCUUUUCACCCAUAUGUUAGCCGAAUGUUUGAUGUGGCUACUAAAGAUUUUACUCAGCAUAUCCUUCUAGACCAGGAUCCUUGGAGAACGCCUGAAGACGCUGAAAAGCUUUUAAAAAGAAUCCCGGAUCUUAAUUUAAAAGAUGCACUCAAAAAGAAAUGGGGCUUUUCUGAUAUUUCGAGCAGCACAAAAUGGAAAGAUAUCGACGAAGUGGCAAAAUCUGGUAAUAUUAAAACAUUAAAUGCCAAUUCCCUGCUGGAAGCAAAAAAGGAUAUCAUCCUUGAGUAUAUGUAUCCUAGAUUGGAUGUCAAUGUCUCAGUUCACAUGAACCAUUUACUGAAAUCACCCUUUUGUGUGCAUCCUGGAACGGGGCGUGUAUGUGUGCCCAUCACAGACCCUGAUACAUUUGAUGCGUCUAGUGUUCCGACAUUAAACGAACUUUUAGAAGAACUGAGUACUAGUACAAGUACUGAUUCCAACGCCCAUGCUUAUGAAUCGACUUCAUUGAAACCGUACAUUGACUUUUUUGGGAAAUUUGUAAACAACCUCAUGAAAGCUGAACAACAACAUGCUAAACGGGGACGUGAGAAUGACCUUUCAUUUUGA